CCUGCUAACGAGUACGCCUCCCGUGCCAUCCCCACCGUUGAACCAUCCCCACCGUUGAAAACGCAGAAGAUGGAGUAGACGGGAGUUUAGAUUGAUCGGACGGUGGAUAAGGGAGGCGCAGGUGCGCGUGAGGGAGAGAGAAGAAGAGCCUGGAUUGAAAGGGCUGGACCUGGACUGGCGUCUGGACCCUCCGAGAAAACCUCACUGGAAGUGACUUUUGUUUGCUACUCCCGAGGUCUCUGUCUCUGAAUAGCGAGUGGUGGUGGACAUAGAAAGAGAAACACUGUGCGCACCAACCUCCACUGUCCAAGGAGAUCACACACAGCUUCAAACCUCACCUUCGCUUUUCGUUCUAAAUAAAACGCGCUCUCUUUCUCUAGGCUUCUUUUUCGAAGCUACUACUACUGCUUGAGAGGAAAAAAAAAGAAAAAAAACUUGUGUCUUUCUCUCUCGCUCGUAACUUGACUUAUCAAAGCUUAUAAAUGUGUGAGAGACUCGAAUCCGAAUAGGGUUGUGCUGUGUUGUGCGUGAGAAAUGGAUCCGCCGGCUAUGAUGGACGAGGGAUCGUUUACGAACGCGAAUGUGCCGCCGUACAACCUGGCGGAGAUCUGGCAGUUCCCGAUGAAUGGCGGCGAGGGCGUGGGGGAGUUUGGACGGGGAUUGGGGCUGGGGAGCGCGCAGUUCGGGGACGUUAGCGGUGCGAAUCAGGACGUUUCGGGGAGUGAUCCAAUGAGUUUGGACCUGAGAGCGAAUCACGGCGGUGGUGGUAGAGGCGGUGCUAAUGGCGGUGGUGCGAAGAAGCGGCGUGAUUUGGAUGACGAGUCCGCCAAGGGCGUCUCCACCAGCAAUAUUGGCAAUGGCAAUGGCGCGAGUGAUUGCGACGGAAAGCGGCUCAAAACAUCAGGAUGUGGGGAUGAGAAUGUCGAUUCAAAAGCUGAAGCAGAAGCCAAUUCAGGCAAGCGUGUGGAAGAGAAUCCUCAACCACCGCCGGAGCCGCCCAAGCAAGACUACAUCCACGUACGAGCGAGAAGGGGUCAAGCUACUGACAGCCACAGUCUAGCGGAAAGAGCUAGAAGAGAAAAGAUAAGCGAGAGGAUGAAAAUUCUCCAGGAUCUGGUCCCUGGCUGUAACAAGGUUAUUGGCAAAGCGCUGGUUCUUGAUGAAAUAAUUAAUUACAUCCAAUCGCUACAGCAUCAGGUUGAGUUCUUGUCAAUGAAGCUCGAAGCAGUUAAUACAAGAGUGAGCCCUGGUAUUGAAGUGUUUCCUUCUAAAGAUGAAACUCAUACAUUUGAUACUGCUGGCAUGGUGUUUGGCUCACAAGCUACAAGGGAGUACACCCGUGGGUCAUCACCAGAGUGGUUGCACAUGCAGGUUGGUGGUGGUUUUGAGAGAACGUAGUCUAUGAAGCCUUCGUUCAUGCCCCAAAAGGGAAAAGAAAAAAAAAAAAAUGAAGUCCUUAAUUUGUAAUAAAAGCAUUAAGAGGCAAUGCUUACUCCCCCUUCAGUGGUUGUCACUGAAUAUACCCCCAAUAUACUUCAACAUGUUAAACUAAAAACAGACACAUCAGGCAUGGAGCUGUGGAAUUGCUGUCUAUAAGAGACUGCUUUUAAGUUACUAUAUGAACAACUCCAUUUGUUUGUGUGUUGGAAUAUGAAUUCUUUUGCUUCAUAUAGUUUGUAGCAGCCUUCAACGUUGUCUCUGUGCUAGCUAAUAUCCAAUUGUAACCUCCUAGAGCGAGUGUUGUUCUUUGUGAAUUAAAGAAUGUCGCUUGUUGAGAAGCUGAAGCCUUUAAUAAAUUAAGCCAGUCUAGUGCUAUUCAUUU